AUGGCUCCUCCUCGUCAGCACGCCAGACUGAGAGACAUUACACCUCUGAUCGAAUCGCUGCGCAAAUCCUCAGGUGCCCCUGGUCUGGCUAUUGGCGUCAUUCAUCGCGGCAAGAUUGUCCACGAGCAGUAUGUAGGCUACCGAGAUGUCGAGAACAAAGCACCUGUCGACGAGAAUACUUUGUUCUACGUAGCGUCUCUCAACAAAUCCAUGACCGCUACAUGUGUGGGGAUCUUGGUCGAGGACGGGGAAUUGGGCUGGGACACGCCGAUUCACGAUAUUCUGCCUGAGUUGUCGAAAGAUAGUCCGCUCUGCUUGGCCAAGCUCAAUGUGGCAGACGUACUCAGCCAUCGCACCGGCAAAGCCUGGGCGGACGCGCUCUACCUCGAAUCUGGCAAUCGCAUUCUUCUGCCCAGGAAACAAUCUAUUCCCAUCAUAAAUCACAUACCGCAAGUCGCCCCUGUGCGCUCCAAGUACAUGUACAACAACCACAUGUACAACUUGGCAGGCUUGGUCAUUGAACGUAGCAAUGCGGCGCUUCCCUACAAUAUCCUUUCCAACAGGGAACCGUGGGAGCUGCCCCAAUGCAACGCCUCCAGCGAGACCAUGAUGUUCGCGGGCCAGUCCGUGAGGACGAGUAUGGCGGAAUUGCUCCAAUACGCCACAGCGUAUUUCGAGGCAGCAGAAAAGAUCUCGCCCCAUUCCGAUGGGAAGGAUAAAGCGCCAGACGGACACAAAAGCCCCCUUAUGCAAAUAGAGGGAAUCUUGCAGCCACACAUCUGUCGACGGGUACCGGGUGCAUUGCUCGAGCAGACAUACGGCCUUGGCUGGAACAGAACACAAUUACCCGGGUCAUUGGAUUUUGGUUGGAAAUCGAGCCUAGUAGAUGACUUUCCACGCCUCGGCGAGAAGACCGGCACAGCUGUUGUCGUCUUGCAGAACUCGCUGGGAUUGUGUGACGUGGCCGACCUGGUUUCGCAGGCCGUCGUCGAUACUCUGAUGGUCGGUAAGCCGAUGCGCGAUUACCUAGACCUCGCCAAUCGAUGCGCUGCAAAGUCCGUCCUUCGGAUGGACGAAGUGGAGGCCAAGCUGGAGCAGGAGGGUAUCCUGAACACGAAGCCACGGGAGCUGGAGGCGUAUGUAGGUCGAUAUAUGAACUCGGCGGGGAAUUGGUUCAUUGAUAUCUGUAUCUCCGAGUCUGAAGGCCUGCAGCUGAGAGUUCUUGGGUUGGAAGAGGAGACGUACGAGCUGCGGCACUAUCAUUACGAUACCUUUGCGUGGAAUCAGUCGUAUGAUGAGAUGGUCAAGAGGGCGCAGUAUAUCAGGGCCGGGCAAAAGGACUGUGCGGGAAUCACGCAGCUGAGGUGGCGGCAUGACAGGACAGUUCCUGAAGGCGAAGUGUUCCAGCGUCUCAACGAGGCCUGA